AUGGCAAAUUUUUGUCGUUUUGUCGGUCGGCUUUUUCUCGGCUUAAUCCGUGUGUUGGGGGCCGACACAGACAGCCAAACAUUUCACAUCAAUUGUCGCUCUAUUAAUGAAUCCAUGGAUGAGUUGCGCGCAAAAGUGGCCCAAAAACUCAAUUACCAAAACAGUAUAUCUCGAGUCAGACUUUUCUUCGACGGCAAAGAGCUAAACGAUGGAUAUUCUCUCUAUGAAUAUAAUAUCAAACUUAAUAAUGUUAUACAUGUUAUGCUUCGACCGCAAUGUUUGGCCGCUAACGAGAGAGCCGUCAAUAUUAGCGAAGAUAACUCAACGUUAGCCCAAAAUAAUGAUAUAAAUAAUGAUGACUGCGAUAAGGAUGAGAAGGGCAUCGAAGGGGACGACUAUUAUCGUGUGGGAGACUGUGUGGACGCCGUGGACGGGGAGUCGGGCGCCUGGUUUGAGGCCAGAAUCGCUAGAAUAACAGCCAAUUAUCGGACAAAUGAACACAAAUAUUAUGUGGAUUUCGAGAAACAAUCGAUUGGCUCUAAUAUAGGACUAGAGUUGCGACAAAUAAGACCCCAAUCGUCGACAGUCUUAUCGUUUGAUGACAUUAAGGAAGGGGAGAGAGUGUUGGCUAACUAUAACAAUGAUUGCGCUGAGGAAAGGGGUUAUUGGUAUGAGUGUGUGAUUGAGAAAAAAUUGCUAACAAAGCGAAAACUUUUUGCCACAAUAUAUUUGGCGGAUAUUGUAGUGAAAGGACAAAAAAUUCAAUUCAUUGACGAGAUCUACAGAAUUGAAACCAAUGUUAAGAUAACGGAGCGCUCGACAGAUAAUGAAUCGGUGGUGAAAAGUGGCGUCAAAACGAAACGACAGACACCUCCGGAUUGUAACCAAUGCCACGACAACUCAUCACUCGAUUGCAAGAAGUGUUCGUGCAAUGAAUGCGGGGCCAAGACUUCGCCUGAGAAGCAGAUCAUUUGCGAUGAAUGUAACGCUAUUUACCAUAUAUGGUGUCUGAAGACACCAUUAGAUGCGGUGCCCGACGAGGACUGGUAUUGCGAUGUGUGCGACAACACCGAUAGGAACCAAUUGAUGGCCAUUCAGACCAAUCAAUUGAAUCGACGGAAGAAUAACUUGAAUCGCGUCGGAGUCAAAGACUGGGGCCGAGGGAUGGCUUGCGUGGGUCGCACUCAGGUGUGCGAAACGGUUCCCAAAAACCAUUUCGGAUGCAUUCCGGGCGUAGAGGUGGGGAUGUGGUGGCGCUUCCGCUUCCAGGCGUCCGAAGCGGGAGUUCAUACACCACUUGUGGCCGGAAUUCACGGCAAAGAGAAUUGUGGCGCCUAUUCUAUAGUGUUUUCGUGCUCUUACGCCGAAGACAUUGAUUUGGGACUCGAGUUCUAUUACACGGCUUCGGGCGGCAAAGACUCGGGCAAUAAGUGUCGGGUCGGAGGACCGCAGAUAAAGGAUCAGGAGUUGAAGCGUUGCAAUAAAGCGCUGGCACUCAACUGUUUCGCGACAUUCAAUGGCGAAAAGGGACAUACAAAAGACGGCAAAAAGAAAUUCAUAGAAAAUGUUGAAUUAAACUUCAAAUGCGUCUAUUGUUUAGAUGUGGUUAAAAGGCCGGUCACUACACAUUGUUCUCACAAUAUAUGCAAAUAUCUCAAGGGAAGCAUUUUGAUGUCAUCCGCGUCUCCAGAAGUGAAGUUAACCACACCUUCGUUGCCGUCGAUACUCAACAGAAUUCCCGUAUUCUCGCGACAUACCUUAUCGUUGGCCUGUGGUAUCACUGGCUCCAAGUGUUCGGACAGAAUGUUGACAACUCUGUCCUCUUUGAGUAGGAAUACGGCACACAUUCCGCCCGAUAUUCCCCUAACGAUUCCCGUUUGGCCGAUGAGGUCGUCGUCGUCGUGGUCUUUGAUGCGGACCUCGAUGUCAGUGGUUUGCCACUCCAUAGAGUACGACUGUUCCAUUCCCGCUCCGGGGCCGAUGCUGGACUCGGAGCAGUGCCCGGAGCGCUGUAUGACGGCGAAGGAGUGGCCGCCGGACCGUAUGGUGAAUAGGAAUGAGGCGUACAUUCCGGGUGUUUGCGGAGUAUAUGGACCGCCGGGAGGGGUCUCGGGGUUGACAUAUCCAGGCGUUGGAGGAUUCAGAUACGAGGGAUUGGACGGCGAGGGCGUCGGGUCGUCGUAUUCAAAGUCGGGUCGCGGUGUAGUGGAAGCCGUGGGAUCCCAGAUGGAGGACGUGUGGACGGGAGUGCGCGACCCGUCGUGCAUCGGUGUCGCACCGCCGCCACCGUAG